AGAAAGAGUUUAAAUGUGGACUGGUUCCUGAACUAAACCGGUAAGUAAACACUGCCUUUUAGAUCAAGAAAACGUCCCUAGAGCAAACCAAUUACUCUUCUCCCGUUUCUCUAGAUUCUCUCUGUCUUUCUCUGCGUGUGUUUUCCGCCAUGUCUACUGAAUCCGCUUCUACUGCAAUCACCCGUAAUCAAGUGGAUCUACUUGACUUCAUAGAUUGGUCUGGAGUUGAAUGUCUCAAUCAAAAUACUUCUCAUUCAGUUGUUAAUGCUCUCAAACAGGGUUAUAGAGAAGAUGAAGGUUUGAAACUAGAGAGUGAUGCUGAUGAACAGCUCUUGAUUUAUAUUCCUUUUACUCAAGUUAUUAAACUUCAUUCCAUGCUCAUCAUUGGCCCUGAAGAAGAUGGUCCCAGGACAGUGAAACUUUUUGCAAACAAGGAGCACAUGGGAUUCAGUAAUGUCAGUGACUAUCCUCCUAGUGACACUGUUGUUUUUACACCAGAGCAUCUUAAGGGAAAGCCAGUAGCCCUCAAGUAUGUUAAGUUCCAGAGCGUUCGCAGCUUGACCAUUUUUAUAGAGGAAAAUCAAGAGGGUGCAGACAUAACACAAGUUCAGAAGAUUGUCCUCUAUGGAUCAACUGUCGAGACAACAGACAUGAAGGGGCUGAAAAAGAUUGAGGAUCAUUAACUUACUACUAUGUUUUUACAGAAAUGAACAGUAGAUCAGAUAAUAUUUUCCAGAAUGUUCAUGAAAAGUUGCAUUGAACAUCGGCUUAAAUGGGUUAAUUGUGGUUAUCACUUGUCACUUUCAUCUUAGUUUUUCUUUUGAAUGCAAAAGGAAAAUCAUUACUGUUAA